AUGGCGCUUCGUGAGCGCUCUAAACUGAUGAGCGUGACGGUGGAUGCGAUAAGGACCAUUGAGACAUUUGUCGACGAGUACGAUGCCGAAAUCGAUAGAAACAAAAUCGAAUCUAGGUUGAUGAGGUUGGAUCAAUUAUAUGAUCGAUAUGUGAAUGUGUCUAUUGAGGUGGAAAUGUUGAUGGAGGAGAAAACGGAAACUAAGGACAAGUUCUUCAAAAGCCCUCACACCGCAGCCGUUUCGAAAACGUAUACUCCUAAAGCCACCAGUUGCAUUGUGUGCAACCAAUCUCACCGCAUCUACGAUUGCGAAGUUUUCAAGCGGAUGCAACUCGAGCAGAAGCAAGACACUGUCCGAAAGAAGAAGCUGUGCUGGAAUUGUCUGUCGCCGAGUCACCUUAGUCGUGAAUGCUCCUCCAAACCCUGUCGGAGGUGCAAUGAAAAGCAUCAUACGUUGUUGCAUCCGCCCUCCCCCAACGAUCGUUCCACCCAACCCCAAGCAAAACCACCCAUUCGAACUCAGCAAUCCACCUCAAGUAUCGACGACGAGUCCGUAAUCCCAGCAUUACUCUCAGUCCCCGCUCCACUUGCCUCAACCACCACCACGUCCGCCACCCAGCAGCCCCACACUUCCAAUGCGUUGGCUGCAGCCAACUCGACCAAGACCAGCUACUCAACUGUCUUGUUGUCCACCGCCGUGGUUAAAGUCCAUGGCCCUUCCGGAAGAUCCACAUUCGUUCGAACCCUGUUGGACUCCUGCUCGGAGUCGAAUUUUAUCACCGAGAGAAUCGUUCAGUUGUUGGGACUGAACCGACAAAAGCAAGCUGCAGUCAUCGCUGGAAUGGGUGGAUCCACAAUCAACAGCAAUCGGUGUACCGUGACCACUUUCAGUUCCGUUGACUCUACCUAUUCGAACACACUUACGUUCAACAUUCUCACCAAAAUCACCAAUGAUUUGCCGGAAAGGAAGAUUGAUGUUUCCAAUUGGCAUAUCCCUUCUACUGUGGUCUUAGCCGAUCCAGAUUUUGCCAAGCCGCAAAGGAUCGAUAUGGUUAUCGGCGCUCAGCUUUUCUUCAGUCUUCUGCGGGAAGGUCAGCUACCAGUCGUGGCCGGUUCUCCAAUAAGUCAGCCAAUUCUCCAGCGUACCGUAUUCGGCUGGGUAGUUAGCAGUCCUAUAAAAACCCAUGAUCAAUCCCGAGGCUCUGAAAGAGUCACUCUGCUGUGCACCACUGAGGAUCUCGACAAACAGUUACCUCGAUUCUGGAGAGUCGGAAGUAGUCCCAACAGUCGUGGCCUUCGAAGGAGGAAACAACCUGCGAUAGGCACUUAUCAGCAUCCACCACCCGUAACGAAUCAGGCAGGUUCGUUGUGCGCUCACCAAAGAAGGAAGAAGGAAUUUGGAACCACGUCGCUGGUUUGGAGACCCGGCGGAUCUUAUCUCGCGAGGUACUAA